UCCACUUGCGAGUUCAAGGAGCAACACGUACGUACGUGCUGCCGGGCAUGGACGACGAGCUGCUCUCCCCGUGCUCCUCCUUCUUCCCGGUCUCUCCGCCGUCCGGCCAGUUCGAGCAUCAACACCACCAGUUUAUCGAGUUCGCCUCCUGCGAGGUCCCGGAGCAAUGGCUUCUCCGAGACGUCGUCGUGCCGGCCAAGAGCGAGGACGCGGGGGACCUGUGGCCCGCGGGGUCCCUGCUCUCGCCGGACUCCGAUCUCUCCGAGCUGCCGGCGCCGAGCCUCCCUGCGUCCACGGAGUCGACGCCACGUCCAGCCGCGAAGCGGCGGGGGAGGAAGCCGGGGCCCCGCCCCGAGGGCCCCACCGUCAGCCACGUGGAGGCGGAGCGGCAGCGCCGCGACAAGCUGAACGGCCGCUUCUGCGACCUCCGCGCCGCCGUGCCCACCGUGUCACGCAUGGACAAGGCCUCCCUGCUCGCCGACGUCGCCGCAUACAUCGCCGAGCUGCGCGCCGGCGUGGCCCGGCUCGAGGACGAGAGCAAGCAGGCGGCCGCCGCGAGGUGGGACACAAGAUCAGCCUCCCUCGGCGGCGGCGGCGGCUCCAUCCAGCACUUUCCAGCCGGCGACGAGACGUUGGAAGUGCGAUGACGGCCCGGCCCUCCGCUCCGCGCUGCUCCAGCGGCUACGCAACAGCGCCUAGCGAUAGAGCCUAGAGCUCCCCUACGUUAUCUCGUGAGCAGGUACAUCACGAGACAAGUCCCGCAUACGACGAUGGAUGCCAUGCAUGGUAAAUCUGGCGCCUUUGCUGCGUGUCGUCCAUGGAAUAAAUUCCAAUACCCAUAUAUACCCAUUGUCAAUAGUGGCCAGUGAGAAGUUUGUUUGUAUCUACUUACGGAUUGAGUAUAUGUAUGCACGUGUGCUACUAGUGUUAUGUGCUUGUUAAACUCUUGAUUUUUUUUCUUUUUUUAGGGAGAGUGUUUGUUAUACUAUUGUGUAAUAUAUACAUGCAUACAUGUCCUGUAUGAUACCUUAAUUA